CCACCUUGCUCUUCGUCCUCCUCCUCCUCGAGCCCGCCGCGAGCGUCGAGACAACGACGCCGUUGUCCCUCCCCUCCACCCCACCACGCAAUCGACAUCACCAAACCCCUGGUCAGCGAAAACCAGGGCGACACCUACCUGCCUUCCCACUGUCGCCGCCACGCCAUCGCCCGCCGCCAUGGCGAUCUCCUGGGACUCCAUCCGCUCCCUCCUCCUCUUCUUCGGCCCCGUCCUCCUCCCCAAGGCCAUCUCCUGGUACCGCUCCGUCCGCGACGCCUCCCGCGACGCCAACCUCCCGCUGUGUCCCGCCCCCCCGCACGCUCGCCGCGCCAUCGGCCUCCUCGCCGGCCUCGCCGCCGUCUUCCUCGUCAGGGCCCUCCUCCCCGUCUUCGCCCCCGAGAACCUCUUCGCCGCGACGCAGAGCCGCCUCCAGAUCCCCGUCGACGUGCUCUUUGCCCGCGUCGCGGCUGCCCUCCGCCACCGUGGCAGCAGCAGCAGCAGCAGCGGCGGCGGCGGCGGCGGCGGCGGCACCAUGUCGUUGCUGUCGCCCUCGGACGAGGCCCUCAGGGCCCGCUUCGUCAACCUCGAGAGCCGCCUGCUGUACCUGCAGUUCGGCCCGGACGUCCUCGCCGACUGCCCGUUCUGCACCGCCGACGAGCCCCGGACCUACUUCUAUUACGCGCUCCCCGCCCUGCUCGCCCCGCACCUCGCCAACCUCGUCGCCCUCGCCGUUGUCACCAGCCCCUCGCUGACCGGCAAGCCGGGCGCGCAGUGGCGCCGCCUCGCCGUCGUCACCGCGUCCGUCGUCGCCGCCCUCGACGUUUACCUCGUCAGCUCCUACAACUACCAGGCCAACGCCCGCGCCCUGCGCCUCUCCGACGUCGACUUCUUCUUCUGGCGCGCCCGCGCCGGCCGCCUCGUCGCCCUCGCCGCCCUCGACGCCCUGCUCGCUGCCCUGCUCUACCUCUCCGCCACGAACCGCGCCUUCGCGCAGCUGCCCUCGCCCGCCGAGCGCGUUGACGCCGCCGCCCGCGCCGUCGCCGCUGCCAAGAGCAGGAUGAGCGCCGUCGGCAUCAUCAAGAACACGGCCCUGCGCGACGAGGACCUGCGCGCCCGGUCCCACGCCUACUGGACCCACGAGGUGCGCCUCAUGCGCGACGUCAUGGAGGAGCGAGACGUCAUUGAGGGCGUCAACGACGCGCUCGCAAACAGAAUCGACAUUCAGGCCAUCUCCAGGGACGCCGACAUGUACGCCCACAGCGUGCUGGAGCAGCUGCGGCAGGAUUCCGCAGACGGUACCAUCUAAUUACGGCUUCUUUGUAAAAAUUGAAACCAAGGACAAAGGCGCACAUAGACAUAGACUACUGGAAUUUAAAGCAUCCUUUGAGCGAG